AUGGCCGAUUCGCCAAAACAAGGGGCAGUAUAUCUUGGGAUUGCCAGAGGCAAUUUGAAUCAUGAUUCACGCUCCGACUUGUUGGACUCUAGAACUGGUAUGUACAAAACUAAAGAAUACAAACCAAAGACAUAUUUACCAAAAAUACGGGAGUAUAUCCCAAAGCAAAGAGAGUUCAAAAUGCGGGAGUAUGUGCCAAAAACAGACAUAAAGUUUCACAAGUACGACAAGAUCCGGGAAUAUGAUCACUUCUACGAUGUGGAACCACCGGAAGACGAAACGAUCAGGCACCCCGGGGAACCUCCAUUCUGUAGAUCGUACAGAGCGCUUGGUUCCAUUAAGAGGACGAUUACCAUUAUGACACCUCAAUAGGAAAGCCCUCUGUCGACGGUUACGUUUUCCCUUCACUGAAGUCUCAACUAUUUUCGA